ACAAAGCUAGAGCUGGGGCAGGCAAGGAGCCGUCCUGUCCUCGAGGCCGUGGGAAGAGAAGCACGCACAGGAGUACACUCCUGAGAGCCUCUCGGUCCACCAGGCCUCUGCAGAGGGGCCACCAUGGCUCUAGCCCGAGCUGGCUGGCAGCUGGGGGCCCUGGUGUGGGGCGCCUGCCUCUGCGUCCUGGUGCAGGAGCAGGAGGCGCGGCCGGGGCAGGGCUCGGACCCGGGGCGCUGGCGGCAGCUGAUUCAGUGGGAGAACAACGGGCAGGUGUACAGCCUGCUCAACUCGGGCCCAGAGUACCUGCCGGCCGGGCCGCAGGGCACCGACAGUAGCUCCCGGGUGCUGCUGGCCGGCGCUCCCCAGGCCCCGCGGCGGCGCAGCCCAGGAGGCCUCCGGCGUCGGCAGGCCCCGUCGCUGCCCCUGCCCGGGCGCGUCGGCUCGGACACCGUGCGCGGCCAGGCGCGGCACCCGUUCGGCUUCGGCCAGGUGCCCGACAACUGGCGCGAGGUGGCCGUCGGGGACAGCACAGGCAUGGCCCGGGUCCGCACCUCCGUCUCCCAGCAACGACACGGGGGCUCCGCCUCCUCGGUCUCGGCCUUCGCCACCACCUACCGCCAGCCGCCCUCCUUCCCGCAGCAGUUCCCCUACCCGCAGGCGCCCUUCGUCAGCCAGUAUGAGACCUACGACCCCGCGUCGCGGACCUACGACCAGGGCUACGUGUACUACCGCGGCGGCGGCGGUAGCGCGGGGGCGGCGGCCGUGGCCUCGGCCGGGGUCGUCUACCCCUUCCAGCCGCGCGCGCGCUACGAGGAGUACGGCGGCGGCGAGGAGCAGCCCGAGUACCCGCCGCAGACCUUCUACCCGGCCCCGGAGAGGCCCUACGCGCCGCCGCCGCCGCCGCAGCCCGCCGACGGCCUGGACCGCCGCUACUCGCACAGCCUGUACCACGAGGGCACCGCCGGCUUCGAGCAGGCCCCCCCGGAGCCGGGCCCCGACGCGCCGCCCGCCGGCGGCGGCAGCUACGCCGCCGACCCCCGCCUCGGCUGGUACCCGCCGUACGCCAACGUGCCGCCCGAGGCCUACGUCCCGCCGCGGGCCGUGGAGCCGCAGCCCCCCUUCCGCGUGCUGGAGCCGCCCUACCUGCCCGUGCGCAGCUCGGACGCGCCCCCGCCAGGUGGGGAGCGCGGCGGCGCGCAGCAGGGCCGCGUCAGCGUGGGCAGCGUGUACCGGCCCAACCAGAACGGCCGCGGUCUCCCUGACUUGGUCCCGGACCCCAACUACGUGCAAGCCUCCACUUACGUGCAGAGAGCCCAUCUGUACUCACUGCGCUGUGCCGCGGAGGAGAAGUGUCUGGCCAGCACAGCCUACACCCCCGAGGCCACCGACUAUGACGUGCGGGUGCUGCUACGCUUCCCCCAGCGCGUGAAGAACCAGGGCACCGCGGACUUCCUCCCGAACCGGCCACGGCACACGUGGGAGUGGCACAGCUGCCACCAACAUUACCACAGCAUGGAUGAGUUCAGCCACUAUGACCUGCUGGAUGCAGCCACAGGCAAGAAGGUGGCUGAGGGCCACAAGGCCAGCUUCUGCCUGGAGGACAGCACCUGUGACUUUGGCAACCUCAAGCGCUACGCGUGCACCUCUCACACACAGGGCCUGAGCCCCGGCUGCUAUGACACUUACAACGCGGACAUCGACUGCCAGUGGAUUGAUAUAACCGACGUGCAGCCCGGGAACUACAUCCUCAAGGUCCACGUGAACCCAAAGUACAUUGUGCUGGAGUCUGACUUCACCAACAACGUGGUGAGAUGCAACAUCCACUACACAGGUCGCUAUGUUUCUACAACAAACUGCAAAAUUGUCCAGUAA